CCCCGACAACUAAACAAGACGAUGUACUAGGCGUGCUCAAAGUACGCCAACGACACCUCGAUUCAGUAAGAAUGACAUGCUAAAAGUCAAUAAUGCAACCGAUUUUUCUCCUGAAAAAGACAACCGUUUUAGAGUAAAGUGUGUGAGAUAAUUAACGAUGGCUACUACUGACAUGGAACCUGGGUCUUUGGAAAGCAAGCCAGAGCACAGACGCACCGACAGCGACUCAAAGUACCCAAUAAAAGUACUUUAUUGUGGAGUUUGCUCCCUGCCCACAGAGUACUGUGAGUACAUGCCUGAGCCAGCCAAGUGUAGGCAGUGGCUUGAGAAGAACUUUCCAGAUAUUUUUGCCAGGAUGACCCUAGGUCCGAAAGCAAACGCACCCAAGCAAGAAUCCGGCACUGGAGAAGCUCCUCCCGCAGGUGAAGAGGAGGAGAAGAAGAAACAGAAGAGAGGAGGAAGAGGCCAGAUCAAACAGAAAAAGAAGACAGUGCCUCAGAAAGUUACAAUAGCAAAAAUCCCAAGAGCCAAGAAGAAAUACGUAACACGGGUGUGCGGUCUGGCAACAUUUGAUAUUGAACUUAAAGAGGCUCAGCGGUUCUUCGCCCAGAAAUUCUCUUGUGGUGCCUCAGUUACUGCUGACGAUGAAAUAAUCAUUCAGGGAGAUUUUACAGAUGACAUAAUCGAUGUCAUUCAAGAGAAGUGGCCUGAGGUGGAUGAUGACAGCAUUGACGAUCUGGGUGAAGUGAAGAAGUGAAGACCAAAUAUGCACUUUGAAUGAAAUGGAUGUGACCUGUAACAGCAACAACUUGGCCAAAUGUACACAUUAAGUCAUUUUAUACUUAUUUUAUUUACUGUACAUAAAAUCUGCAGACUUGGCCACUCGCUUGGCAUUGGAUUUAAUGGUUUUUUAGUUGAUAGCUGCUUUCUCUUGAUUGCCAAAGGCGUGGUCUGACCUGAAACCUUCACAAAUGUUCUUCACUCAAACUGUAGGCUAAUAAAUUUCAGUUUUUCGCCUGUA